AUGAAUCGGAAACAAUUUGCUUAUUUUUUCAUUUUGAUUGGAUUAACCCUAGAUAAUCUGUGUUUGAGCGCUGGGUUUACUAUUACCGAGAGCCUGGAAGAAAAGUUACACGAGGAUUAUGUGACAGUCUCCUGGGUCAUUUCCGCUUACGCGGUGACCCUCGGCUCUUUUAUAAUCUUGCUCGGUAAACUAGGGGAUAUCUUGGGGCUUCACAAGGUUUUCCUUGCAGGACUUGUUUUGAUGAGCAUUACUGCAUUGAUCAACGCCCUUGUGCCCAAAGCUAUACCCCUUAUUAUUUUCAGGGCAAUCCAAGGAGUUUCUGCAGCAGCUCUCAUUCCGACCGGUAUGGGAUUGACAGCCUCGUAUUUUCAAGGCGACCAACUUCUUCUUGCGAUCAGACUACUCAUGCUGGUCUUGACUUCGUCAGGUGGAUUUGGCAUUGUUCUUGGUGGUGCGUUUUCUGUCACCAAAAUUGGUUACAGAGCGUUUUUCUAUUUUAACUUUGCGGUAAGUACGGUGUGUUUUGUUGCUCUUUGGUUCCUUAUCAUACCUGUUGAGCCUCAUCAGUCUGUCAAGAUAAAGAAUCUUGAUUACGGUGGUGCUUUCUUUCUGGUUGUUGGAAUGCUUUUGAUUAUUGUUGGGUUCACGGAGGCAGGAGCCAACUGGAAUUCAGCAAAAGUGUACGUCACAAUCCCAGUGGGAGCUGCGAUUGUAUUCGGCGUUGCACUAUAUGAGAUUGCAUACAUCAGUCAGUACCAGAAAAAGCACCCCGACUCGGACGAUUGGAGGUCUAAAUUAGCCGUUUUAUUUCCCCUCGAGUUGAACAAAGUUCGGCUUUAUGUACUUUCAUGUUGUGGAAGUCUGUUUCACUACUGCGCAUAUACUGUGCUUCAGCUGGGACUCAUUCAGUUUCAUGAAGAGUAUGAUCACGAUUCCCCAUUGAUUGCAGCAUUGAGGGUCCUACCAAUAGUUGCAGCUUUUGUUUUUGGAACCAUCAUCUGGAGACCGGUGUAUGUUCAGAAAGUUGAGGAUAGGUAUCUCAUUAUGGCUUCAGCUAUCAUCUGUAUUGGAAUGACUGCGUGGUCAUCUAAAUUUCAAGCGGGUCAAUAUUGGAGGUAUGAGCUUGUCAGUUUGUUCAUCCUAGGGUGGGUUGUUAACAUCUACUAUCAAAUAGUGUUUGCAACUAUCAUUACACAAGUCCCGCUUCAUUUACAGGCCAAUGCCAGUGGGAUUUUCCAAACAUUUGGACAAAUUGGAGUUGCUCUUGGAAGUGCUGUUACUGCUUCGAUCGUUGGCACCAACAAGUCAAUGCUCAAAGAAAAUGUUGGCAAAUGUUUCUAUCUAGUGUAUGCAUGCUAUGCGGCAGUGUUUGUGAUGUUUGCUGCAAACACUCUCUUCACCAAGAUGAGAGGAAGUGGAUCAACACAAGAUAAUGAGAAGGAGCCUGCAACUCCGAAGAUUGAAUCUGAUGACGGCAUUGUCGAAGAACAGCCAGCGAAUGAUCCAAGUUCGGAUACGUCGCCAAGUUUUACUCCGAACAACAUCAAAAAGUGA